AUGGAUCCUUAUGAACAGUACAGGUUCAUAUCUUUUUCUUUCUUGUUUUUAUCUGAUCCUUUCAAAUUACUUAAUUGGAUAUUUGGAUGGCCCAGCUUCCCUGUUUACGGGCGACCUCAGCAUAAUUUCCCCUAUUUCGGAGUUUUGCUGGUCUACCCAUUAUGGUCCCUGGAGUCCCAAGGUCAGCUCGGCCAAAGUCUGCCCCAGGUGGGCACCACCAGAGGCAGUCGCCGCAUUUGUGGAUCAAAGGAGAUUUACCACCAUGCGACUAGUUUGAUAUUAGGAUGGUGGUGGAUCUCGCCAUUGGUUUACUCUUAG